CAAUUCCAUCAUCAGUCAGUGGGGAGAGCAGAGGAGGUAUGGCGGAGAAGAGCCCUGACCCGAGCGGCUCGAACGGUCGGAGGUGUCCGGCUCUUUCUCCCGGAGAGAGAAUGCAGCCGCCCGGGAGCGGAUCGUCCAAAUGGGUUCGCCUGAACGUCGGCGGCACGUACUUUCUCACGACGAGACAGACGCUGUGCAGAGACCCAAAAUCUUUCUUGUACCGACUGUGCCAGGCCGACCCCGACCUCGACUCUGACAAGGAUGAAACAGGUGCUUAUUUGAUAGACAGAGAUCCCACUUAUUUUGGUCCGGUGCUCAACUACCUGAGACAUGGGAAGCUGGUGCUGAACAGGGGGUUGGCAGAAGAAGGUUUGCUGGAAGAGGCUGAAUUCUACAAUAUCACUUCAUUGAUUAAACUUGUGAAAGACAAAAUCAGGGAGAGGGAUUGUAAGACGGCUCAGCUCCCUAUGAAGCAUGUCUACAGAGUCCUGCAGUGUCAAGAGGAGGAACUAACACAGAUGGUCUCUACCAUGUCAGAUGGCUGGAAGUUUGAACAGUUGGUUAGCAUUGGCUCUUCGUACAACUACGGAAAUGAGGAUCAGGCAGAGUUCCUCUGCGUGGUCUCCAAGGAGCUGCACAAUCAGUCAUAUGGCACAAACAGCGAGCCCAGUGAAAAGGCCAAGAUUCUUCAAGAACAAGGCUCUCGAAUGUGAAACUCUCUGGUCCUGCAACGUCUGGGCAGAACAGCAUGCACCAUAUCACACUGAGAGUGAAAACUGUCAAGCGGCAAGACAACCUAUUUAGAAUGGAUGCUCUAUUCUUUUUUAGAUUUAAUUGACACUUGUUUGUGCCUGCACAGUAAUACCGGACUGUUGGUGGAUAUAUUUCUGAAUCUUUGUUUAAAAGGUAGGAAUAUGCAUGUCAUUAGUAAGCUGAGCAAAAAGGGCCUCAAUCAUGUCUGGUCCAAUCAUGUUUACUCAGGGUCUCUUAUCGACGUUCACAAAAUAAGUUAAUCAUGUCAUCUGUGGUCCAUUGAGCAAUUUUGUCAAAACUAUAUUUAAAACUGUAUAUUAUGCCAUACAGACAGUUCAGAGAUCAUAAAUAAGAGAGUGGAGAAGUAUUGUUUUGGUUUGAGAUUACAUUAUUGAGGUGGCUUAUGUGUAAUGUUGACUGGCAAGGAAUGGUACAUUUGUAUAGCAAAGAUUUUGUUUUAGCAUGUUUUUUGGAGCAAAGCUGAUUUUAUUUGACUUGCAUAGUGUUAGUUUUUAUACCAGGAGAGGGUGAAAGAACAUCCAUAACAGUUUGCCUCAAAGUUACCUCACGUUUUGUGAGGUUGUACUGUUGCUGCCUUGAAUUCGUUAAAAAGAGAACAAACAUUUUUGUCUUCCAUCCCUGGAUUUGUUCCAAAUGGUUUUUGGUUAAACUGGAACUAAUUUUAACGUUAUUUGAGGGGUGAAAAAAACACCCGACAUUUUCUUGAUUAAUUUAAUCAUUUUUACUUUGCGAUAGAGGUAUUGAAGUAGAUGUCCUAAUCUAUCUUUGGUUAAUAGAAGAACUAAGGCAAGGCCACAAAGUCAUUCAGUUUCAUUUGUUUUGACAAUACAGUUUAGAACGGCACUUUACUUACAUGACAGUGAUUGUUAAUAAGUGGCGUUGCAGGGCUUAUUUUGUUCACGCUUUAGUAAAUGACGGAGUAAGAAAAGACACUUCUAUAAGAGAGUGUUAGUUGACUAAUUAACAUCUAUAUAUUUUAACACUGCAGUUUAAUACUCACUUUGGUUCAACUCUUUUGAAGUUGAAUUUUGAUUCCAAAUAUACAUAAUCCUAUUGUUUAUUUAAAAAAAGAAAAAUCUUUUUUGACAAUGUUGCCUUUAAUGAACCUACACAAGAUCUGAAUUUCUUUUGGAAUUGUGGUCAGGGAAAUAACAUCACUUUGCUAGGCUACAACAUAUCUAUUUAACGUUGUAUAUAGACCUAUAAAGAGCGAAAUAUUCAGUGCAUGUUAUUUAUUUUCUCCUAAUCCUCUCUCACACACAAAGGGCUUUUAAUAGUGGAGUACAAGCUAUAAUUUUUUUUGGCAGAGAUUCAUCCGAUCUCUUAAUAUUGCCGGAUCGAGGCGAAGUUUACAUGGCUGGUGUUUUAUAAACGAUAAUACUACACGUUUACUUACCUUGACUAUGUGACACCACAUUCUAGUGUGGUUUUAAGACCUGUAUGUUUACAUAUCCUCUCAAUUACCUAGUUAGUUACUGUCAACCUUGUGUCUUAGCAACUAGAGAGGAGGUUUCAAUUAUUAUCAGUGGAGUGUUAAGUUGUUUGCUCACUGAGUCAGUGUCUCGUGGUGAAAUGUGCCUCUGUUAUAGCCACUGAGCCUUCACUGUGCAUGGUGUCCAGACAAACGGCCAUCGCUCACUAUUGACAUCCAGGCCGCUGUACGGAAUCAAAGCGAUGCUGGAGGGUGAUGGUUAUCAUCACUGUUUAGGGCACUGCAAUGCUGGCCUUACCUCCUUUUUUCUUGUUUUUUUUUUUAUCGUCCUGCCUCCCUGAUGUAGGUGGAGGUAGCAACAUGCACUCUGAUGCACCAGUCACACAUUUCAUUUGCCCUUUUACGUAAACUUCUAGAGGGCAUCAGUGAGUAUUUGAGGCAGUUGUGGGUGCCCAAGAUGAUAUUCUGCCUCAGGUUUUUUUCUUUCCCUAUUAAAGCGUGCAGUCUUCAAAAUGUAUUUUGAAAACGGGCAGAAGCAAACUGAAAUGUCUUUUGCUCCACUUUGUCACUGCUGUUCCUAUACUUAUUAUUCCUAUAUAACAUGUUUUUGUAUUUUAUUUUUUUUUAUGCUUACAAUUUGUGUAGUCACAUAGUAUAUUAUAUGUAAUUGCAAGUUACGACUGGGGAAAAUGUAUAUGAUGGUAAUGCUAAAACCUGGUCAAUCUAAUUGAUAAACACUUUUGAAUUCUGAAAGGGGUUUUUCUUUCAAGACUAAAUGCACUGAAAGAAUCUGACUUAAAUUUAAAAUAGGUUGAAAGGAAUAUUCCGGGUGCAUGCAAAGUCAUGCUCAAUCAACAGCAUUUGAUUACCACAGAAAAUUAUUUUGACUCGUUCCUCCUUUAUUUUAUAUAAGCAAAAAUCACAAUUGCAGUUAAGCGCCUACAAUGCAAGUGAAUAGGUCAGUCCAUAAAUGUUAAAAUACACAUUGUUUCAGUUGUAUAACCACAAGAUGUAAGCAUUAAACCUGUUUUUUGUGAUAAGAGGUUACUAGUUACAUCCAGUAUUGCAACUUGACAACAUUGCCAAGACAACAGUGAAUGAUGCUGACGUAAUUUAUCACACUAAAAUCAUGCCAACACAUAUAAUGUUUAAAGGGUUAGUUCACCCCAUAAUGAAAAUUCUCUCAUCAUUUACUCCCCCCUCAUGCCAUCCCAGAGGUGUGAUAUUCUUCUGCAGAACACAAAUGAAGAUUUUUAGAAGAUGCAAUUGAAUAAGUGCCAGAACUUUUAUGCUGCCUUUAUUUUUGGGGCUUCAGAGUGUUUAAAUCAGUGUCUUCAGACGUGAUUUGAUAGGUGUGGGUGAGAAGCAGAUCAAUAUUUAAGUCCGUUUGUUACUAUAACUUAUCCUCCCUGCUCAGUCAAUCUACACCUUUAACUUUCACUUUCACAUUCUUCUCCCUACUGAGCAGGGAGAAGAAGUUCUAGCAAAAGUGGACUUGAAUAUUGAUCUGUUUCUCACCCACACCUAUCAUAUUGCUUCAGGAGACAUUGAUUUAACCACUGGAGUCUUAUGGAUUACUUAUAUGCUGCCUUUAUGUGCUUUUUGGAGCAUCAAAAUUUUGGCACCCAUUCACUUGAAUAUUCCUCUAAAAAUCAUCUUUUGCGCUUUUUCUGCAAAAGAAAGUCAUACACAUCUGGUAUGGCAUGAGGGUGAGUAAACAAUGUGAUAAUUUUAAUUUUAGGGUGAACUAUUCCUUUGUUUUACUUCUAAAUGCCACACUUCUAAAACAGUGUGUAAAUAUUGUUAAUGGAUAACCCCCAUUCACUUGCAGUGCCUCACUGCAACUGCAGUUUCUGCUUUUUUUGUUAAUGAAAGAAAAUAUAGUUGUCAAAAUUAUUUUCUGUGGUAAUCAACAUUAAGCUACAGAUGCAUUCGAUUGAGCUUAACUUGUAUUUAACCCGGAAUAUUUCUUGAAACACAUUCAAUAAAUAAAUGUACUAAUCCUUCUGAUGCAGGUAUUUAAAUUGCUGGAUUUAUUUUUAAGGUACUUAAUAAUUUACCAAAGUGUCCUACAGUCUAUAUACCCGGACAAUAAAUGGGUGAGCAGGGCAAUCAUUUAAUAAGACUGUGCUGUAGUGACACAUCUAUCACAGCAGAGGGAGUUUUUAGGUAUUUUAGAGUUGGAACAAAUAUGAGAUCAUAUUGGAAAUACAUUCACUGUGGGAAACAAUGUAUAUUACGAUGCACUAUCUACAAAAAUGUUAAGUUAAAUCUCACCCAUUAAUACUCAGCCAUAACUAAUGCAUCUAUAUACCAGAGUAAUAAAUGUAUUUUAUUUGAACAGGCACUAUUAGCUAUCUAAUCCUUCUUUACUAUUCCUUUAUUAUUAGUUUGAACAAAGCCCUUUCCCUAAAUAUUAAACUUCAGUGCAAAACUUGUCCCACAUUGUUUUUGCUGUGGAUAUGAAAACUUAAACUGACUUAAAAUUUUAUCUUGUUUCACUUGUAGUAUUUUCUAUACAGACACUUAGUGCAUCUUUUAAAGCAAUACUGUAUAUUUUGAUUCACCAGCUAUCGGUUAUCACCAUUCCUCAAGAUUUGAAAACAUGUUUGCCUACUUUAAACCUACUUUAUUUUUUAAUUGUCCUGUUGUAUCUUUAGAUUGCACAAAAACAUUGGUGCAUUCACUCAUGCAUAUCCAGGGAGCUUUGUGCAGGUGCACUGAUGCAAUUUCCCAUGAUAUUUCAACAAGCUGCGACACGCAUUUCUGCCUUGUGUACAUCUCUCCGUUUAACGUGUGGGAAUGCCUUGUCCCUCAGAUGAGUUAUUGUGCUUUGACUCUUAGCAACAAGUCAGCCAAUCCCGCUGUGCAGCCUGCAUGGGCUCGGUUUUCUAUUGGCCAAAAUGUCAGAACUGAUAGAUUUAUUGGGGAGUGACACAAAUUUGCCCAAACUGGAGAGCCCUGUUGCAUCUAAGCCUGAUUCUAUGCCAGAUAUAUAGAAAAAAGUCAAAAUGCCAAAGAAUCUUUAAAGGAAUUGUUUUUCCCUCACUUGACAGCACAUUCUGACUAUACAGAUUUAAAAAAAAUAUACAGUAUAUAAUCUGUUAUGAGUAGUGUGUGGUCUUGUAUGACUCAAGAUGGUGCCGAGUAUGGCUGCUGCGUUUCAAGUUCCGACACAACACUAGUUUUUUUGUUUGUUUUGUUCACAAUUCUAUGGGGUUUUUUUUGUCUUGGAUGUUGUCUGCCUUAUUGUCUACGACAGACAAACACUUUUGGACAUUGGUUCUGCAAUAGCACACCGAAAACCGGACUUCAAAUUCCUCAAUGCCGACCCGCUGUUUACAAACACGCCAGCGGAGCCAUUUGUCUGGGCAGCCCAGCCACUGAAAUGCAUAAGGAAAAGGGGAAAUAAAGCCGGUGUUCUCAUCAGAGUAAGACGUUGUGCAAAUCGACCCCCGCUACCCACUAUUCUACUGGCAAAUGUUCAGUCUAUGGACAACAAGUUCUGAGAGCGCGGAUCUCUUUCUAACGAGAGACGAGGGACUGCUGCAUUAUCUGCCUUACGGAAACUUGGAUGUCUGCUGAGAUUCCAGAUUCAGCCUUCGAACCCGCAGGGUUCUCCGUGCACCGAGCGGACAGAGCGAAAGACCUCUCAGGUAAAAGCAGAGGUGGUGGUGUAUGUUUUAUGGUCAACAAAUCCUGGUGUGAGCAGAGGAACGUACAUUCUAUCAAGUCUUUCUGCUCUCCUGAUCUGGAAUUUCUCAUGCUUCUGUGUCGACCAUUCUGGCUACCGAGGGAAUUCACAGCGGUCAUUUAUCACAGCUGUGUACAUCACCCCACAAGCCGACACAGACCGGGCACUCAAGGAACUGUACGGGUUAUAAGCAAGCAGGAAACCGUGCACCCUGAGGCCGCAUUCAUUGUGACCGGGGACUUUAACAAAGCUAAUUUUAAAUCAAUCACACCAAAAUACCACCAACACAUCAGUUUCAACACAGGGGACUGGGUUUUGGAACAUUGCUACUCUCCGGGAUGGCUACAGAUCCCUCCCCCACCCACCAUUUGGCAAAUCGGACCACUCUUCCAUUCUGCUUCUGCCCGGUUACAGUCAGAAUCUGAAACAGAAAGCACCCACCCCAAGACCGAUCCAGUGCUGGUCGGACCAGUCAGAUUCUACGCUACAAGACUGUUUUGAUCACGCGGACUGGGAGAUGUUCCGGUCCGCCUCUGAUGACGACAUCGAGGUGUACGCUGAUAGCGUAACGUGUUUCAUCAGAAAGUGCGUAGAGGAUGUUGUUCCAACCAAAACAAUACGGAUCUACCCCAACAAGAAGCCAUGGAUGAAUAGCGACGUUCGCGCUGCACUUGAUGCGUGGACCUCCACUUUUAAUUCCGGGAAUGCGGAGGAGCAUAAACAAGCCAGUUAUGCACUCCGCAAAACUAUCAGAGCAGCCAAACGCCAGUACAUGGACAAGAUUGAAGGACAGUUUAACACCACCAACUCUAGAAGUAUGUGGCAGGGAAUUAAUAUCAUCACAAACUUUUUAAAGGGAAUAAAAACUCUGCCAUGAACACCGCUGCCUCUCUCCUGGAUGAGCUAAAUACUUAUGCUCGUUUCGAGGGAAAUAACACCACCCUCGCGGAGAGAGCUCUCGUGGCCGAAGCAACAGAGGUUAGUUCACUCUCCGUCUCUGUAGCGGAUGUAACCCGAUCCUUCCGACGGGUGUAUAUCCGUAAAGCCGUGGGUCCAGACGGCAUUCCGGGCCGCGUCAUCAGAGCGUGCGCGAACCAACUGGCUGGUGUUUUUACGGACAUUUUCAACCUUUCCCUCUCCUUGUCUGUGGUCCCCACAUACUUUAAAAUGUCCACCAUUGUGCCAGUACCAAAGCAAUCCAAAAUCACUUGCUUAAAUGACUGGCGUCCUGUUGCUCUGACCCCCAUCAUCAGCAAAUGCUUUGUGAGACUAAUCGGAGAUUACAUCUUCUCUGUGCUGCCUCCCUCACUGGACCCAUUGCAGUUUGCUUACCGCAACAACCGCUCCACUGAUAAUGUCAUUGCAUCUACAAUACACACUGCUCUCUCCCACCUGGAAAAAAGGAACACUUAUGUGAGAAUGCUGUUUGUAGACUACAGCUCAGCAUUCAACACCAUAGUGCCCUCCAAGAUUUGUGAAACUCCGGGCUCUGGGCUUAAACAGCUCGCUGUGCAGAUGGAUCCUGGACUUCCUGUCAAGCAGACGCCAGGUGGUUAGAAUGGGCAGCAACAUCUUAUCACUGACCCUCAACACUGGAGCCCUGCAGGGCUGUGUUCUCAGCCCACUCCUGUAUUCCCUGUACACACAUGACUGUGUGGCAACACACAGCUCCAAUGCCAUCAUUAAGUUUGCUGAUGACACGACGGUGGUACGUCUGAUCACUGACAAUGAUGAAACGGCCUACAGAGAGGAGGUGCUCACUCUCACACGCUGGUGUCAGGAGCACAACCUCAAAGACAAAGGAGCUUGUGGCGGACUUCAGGAGAAAAGAAAGAGAACACAGUCCCAGCACCAUCAAUGGAGCACCGGUGGAGAGAGUCAGCAGCUUCAAGUUCUACGGUGUCCACAUCACAGAGGAACUCACAUGGUCCGUCCACACUGAAGCCAUUGUGAAGAAGGCUCAUCAGAGCCUCUUCUUCCUGAGAUGGCUGAGGAAGUUUGGAAUGAACUGCCACAUCCUCACACGAUUCUACACCAGCACUGUAGAGAGCAUCCUGACUGGCUGCAUCACUGCCUGGUACGGCAAUAGCACCGCCCACAAACGCAAAGCUCUGCAAAGGGUGGUGCGAACUGCCAGACACAUCAUUGGAGGUGAGUUUCCCUCCCUCCAGGACAUAUAUACCAGGCGGUGUGUGAAAAAAGCUCGGAGGAUCAUCAGAGACUCCAGCCACCCGAGCCAUGGGCUGCUCUCACUGCUACCAUCAGGCAGGCGGUAUCGCAGCAUCAGGACCCGCACCAGCCGACUUCAUGACAGUUUCUUCCCCCAAGCAAUUAGACUUCUGAACUCUUGAUCUCUCACGAUCAAUAUACAUCAGCACUGCACUUUAUUAAUCUUCUCACACUGGACUGUCUUAAAUGAUAUUCUCUCUUAACAACACACUGGCAACUGACUAUCAACCGACAGCCUGAAUGUCAAUACAGUAAAAUACAACCUAGUGUAUAUUUUAUAUAUACUAUAUAUAUACUUUUUUUUAAUUGUAUGUGUAUUCUAUAUUGUGUAUAGUAUAUUAUUUGUAUAUUGUGUUGUAAUUGUGUAUAUUAGAUAUGUAAAUUGUGUUUAUUGUAAACUGGUAUAUGUCUCACUGUCACGACUGCUAUGUUGCUCAAAACUGCACCCAAGACUUUCACCCACUAUUGCACUUGUGUAUAUGGUUGU